AUGACUAGACCUGACUUGGCAUUUGCAGUCCAAGUUCUUAGCAAAUAUAUGCACUGUCCCAAGACAUCUCACUUAGAAGUUGCCCUCAGAGUGGUGAAAUAUAUCAAGGUUGAACCUGAUCUAGGACUCCUAAUGCCUGCUGAGAAUACAAGAAAGCUAACAGCCUACUGUGACUCAGAUUGGGGGGCCUGUGUGGAGACAAGAAGGUCUGUUACAGGUUACCUAGUAAAGUUUGGUAAUGCUCUUAUCUCCUGGAAAUCAAAGAAGCAGGAAACGUUCUCCAGGAGCUCAGUUGAGGCUGAAUUUAGAAGCAUGGCCUCAUGCACUGCAGAGAUUACUUGGCUUGUGGGGUUGUUCAAAGAGCUAGGAAUUCAUGUUGAUGUACCUAUUCGGUUGAUGUGUGACAGCAAAGCUGCAAUACAAAUUACAGCAAAUCUAAUCUUUCGUGAAAGAACCAAGCAUAUAGACAUAGAUUAA